AUGGGGCCUCUCCUGCAGUCACCGAAGGAUGCCCGUGAUAGCUCUGGACUCACUGCACCUCCUGCACCUUCUGCUGUUAUCCAAGCCCUCGAAAAUGCACGCGACUAUCGACCUCUCGCUGCCGGUAACACUCCUCUCACCGCCGGUGACACUCCUUUGGCGGCCAACACGGCCGGAACUCCAGCCCUCGCACCCGCUUCUCCAGCCGGUGAUACCAGAACUCCAGCCAUCGCAUCCGCUCCUCUAGCCGCUGAAACACCCCAUCCGUCUCAAGAUGAAACUCCUCAAGACAUCCCUCAAGAUGAUAUCGCCGAAAGCUCACAUGCAUCUCAAGACGAUGUUCCUGUGCUCGAUUUUGAGACCGGUACCAAGCGGAAGAGACGUAUCGACUCCUCAGAUGCAGGAUCGAGUCAGGAGGUACCUGCUGAAGACGAAGAGUCCCACUCCGAGCACGAGUCUUUUCCAUUACUCACCUCCGGAGCUGCACCUACACCUACUCAGAGGACACUUGCAGCAUCAACCAAGGCGAUUAAUCGAAGGACUGCAAACGACUUGGCCGGCGUUCCAAGCGGCAAGGUCUUCGCUUGUCCAGUCGCUAACUGCAAUGCUUCAAUCACCGAGUCGUGGUCAAUCCAACAGUUCUAUAAGCAUAUGGAGGAUGGUACUCAUACUGCUUACUUCUACCAUGCUCGAAGUCAUCAGUGUCCGUUUGGAUGCCACGAAGGGUUCUUCAAUGACUUUGCUCUACACCGCCACAUUCAGAAGCAGUUGUGUGAGCAGGCGGAUGCACUCCUCGCGGAUAUCAAGAAAUGCAAACAGUGUAACGAUAGAUCCGGAAUGACCCCUGAUAUCAUUGGUGCAUUGAAUCACCUCGACGACGACCACUCUGACCUUCUCUCUAUCAGCGAUUCACCAUACGCAGUGAAUUCCGCUCAGUCUCUCCUGGUACCCGAUCCCGUCAACUGCUCUCAUGGUGACACACAGACUGAAGUAGGAGGCAUUGAAACGCAUAGUUCUUUCUAG